GCGCGCGCGGGAGCGGAGCGGGGCGGGGCGGCGGGAGCGGCGCGCGGGGGGCUCGGCUCGGCUCGGCUCGGCUCGAGGAUGGAGAUGAAGAAGCGGCUGACGCUGGAGCUGCGCAACAAGAAACCGGGCGAGGUGAAGGAGCUGGUCCUUGAUAACUGCCGUUCGGACGAUGGGAAGAUCGUGGGGCUCUCCUCAGACUUUGAGAACCUGGAGUUCCUCAGCAUGAUCAACAUCAACCUGCUGUCCGUCUCCAACCUCCCCAAACUCAACAAGCUCCGGAAGCUGGAGCUGAGUGAUAACAGGAUUUCUGGUGGCCUUGAAGUUCUAGCAGAGAGAACUCCUAACCUGACACACUUGAAUCUAAGUGGCAACAAGAUCAAAGACAUCAAUACCCUGGAGCCCUUGAAAAAGCUGCCAAACCUCCAUAGUCUGGACCUCUUCAACUGUGAGGUGACGAUGCUCAUCAACUACCGGGAGAGCGUGUUCACCCUCCUGCCCCAGCUCACCUACCUAGAUGGGUAUGAUGCUGAUGACCAGGAAGCCCCUGACUCAGACCCUGAAGCAGAUGGGGAUGCACUGGAAGAUGAGUAUGAGAAUGGGGAAGAAGGUGAGGGUGAGGAAGAGGAGGAUGCCGAUGAGGAAGAUGAUUUGGAUGAAGAAGUCAUCGAUGAUGAAGAAGAUGAAGAUGAUGAUCUGGAAGGUGAAGAGGAGGAGGAUGGAGUAGAUGAUGAGGAGGAAGAUGAGGAGGAAGAUGGUGAGGAUGAUGAAGAAGAUGAAGCCGAUGAUGACCUGCCACGAGGGGAAAAGAGAAAACGAAAUCUAGAGGAUGAAGGAGAGGAAGAUCCAGAAGAUGAAGAGGACGACGAGGAUGACUGAUCCCAGCAACCCAAUCAGUUUUACAGACUCUGACUGUGCUUGUCUUAACCUCCCCGUUGUGUCUAUGUGAGACUGUAAAUCCCCAUCUCCCGCUCCUCCCCCUUUGUAUGGCUGCAGCGUCCACAAUAUAUUUUUUUAAGAUGUAGAAUCCUGUAGGCAUUCAGGGGAAUCUUCCACCCAAGGCUCACUUCUCACAGGUACCCAUGACCAAAGGCUUUCUCCGUUCUGUGGUUUGUGCAGCAGUUUGCAGAAACAAAAAAAAAAAACCCCAAAAACCCCCAAAACCCCACCAAAAAAACCACACACAAAAAAAGAAAGAAAACACAUACAAAAAAAAAACCCAGAAAAAUGUAUUUCCUCCUCCUCGGGUAUCUUUUGUGUCUGAAAUCAGCUUUGCCACACUGGACCCAGAGCUCCAGCUCCCACCCUGCCCGACAACAACAAGGCAUUUGCUUAUCCACAUGCCCUCAGAGCAGCUUUCUGAAGACGCUUGAGCCACCUCGAGCAGUGGGUGCAGAUCUGGUUCAAUGGACUCCAACGCUCCCUGAGGUCUCUCUGGUCAGAAAUAGUGGUGAUGAUGUGAUCUCUGGAGAUGCUUGAAGAUGCUUUAGUGCUGGGGACGGGGGGUGCUUGGGGUCUUGGGAGAGGGGGGGUGGCUGCUUGCAAGACCUGGUACCUCUGACGAUGCACCUUGCAGUAGCCCUGCACUUGCUUUCCUAUUGGUUUCUUAUAAACUGGAAUCUUUUUCCCAAUGGCCACCCAAUAACUUCCACUUGGAUGUCCAAAUAAGCCUCAUUUCCAUGUCAUUGCUGUGAUGAGGCCUCUUGUCACCCUUUAGCAGCCUCUGCCUUUAGGAAGAGAUAGGAAAUAGCUGGUGAAGGGAUACUGCACUUGUGUCAACCUCCAUUUCGCACUGUACAGAACACGUUCAACCAGUAUCACUGUGAUGCACCUAACUCGGCGUUCCCCGGGAGACCGUGUUAGCCUCGAUAUUCUCAGGGUCCUUCUGCUAGCCAGUACCAGCUCUGGACACUUGCCUCAGCGCUAGCCUGGUCUACGCAUCCUCCUCUUCCUCCUCUUUUCUUUCUUAGCAUGAAGAGAAGUGCAUUGAUCAGAACCCAGCUCUCUCCCACUCGUGUUGGUGCUCUGACGGUGCCGCAGAGCAACGUGUCCCCGCACCCCGUGAUGGCUGCAAGGAGGAAGCAGGGAUGAGCCACGUGUAGCUCCACUACGGAGGGCUCCUCACCCUUUGCCCACCCUUCCUCUGCCUGGAGGUGUCCCCAUCCAUGAGCUUCCCUGGCCCCGUGGCACCCAAGGGAUGGUAACUGGGUGCCGCUGAGCUGCUCCUCAUGGAUGCACUGGCACUUUGUGGCAUUCCCGGUGGGCAACCUGCAGGCACCCAGAGGGGAGGCUCGGCAGCGGUUCCUGCAGAGGAGUGGAGUGCGUUGCAGCACAUCCCAGUUCCUGUUGCUUUGGUCUGGUCUUGCUGUCGUCUCGUGUUGUACAGUAGCUGUAACCAUUCGGAGCAGAAUUAGUCCUGUAAAAUGCAAACUGAGUAACUUAUAAAUGUUAAAGGAAUUUUUUUAAGGAAAAAAGAAAAAAAAAGGAAAUUUCAGAGCAGCAGUUACUUCUAAUUAAUUUUUUUUUUUUCCCUGCAUUUUUAGCAGAUUGUAUGGAUUUUAUAUUAGCCUAGUGACUGUCAGGUUGCGAUUGGUCAGAUUAGUCCCAGGAAUAAGGAUCUCCAGCCCCUUUUGUAUCUUUUGUUACCAAAAUUUGGAUAAAACUUUUAAUAAAGACUUCAGUUUUUACAAACCCA